UUCCACUUCCCCACCACUGGCUGCCCUGGGGCCCUAAAGUUGCUGCAUCUUUCUUGUCAAAUCUCCAUCUAGCUCUGAUUUGUGCCUGUGGUGCCCUCUGACGAAUGAGACCACUUCUUCCUCAUACUGGGUGAAAAAGCCUCCACUUCCCUGCCAUGUGCAGCUGAAGGAUACGCGCUGCAGCCAUGCUUCCAGGUGGGGAUGAAGAUGUUGAGCUGCACAGGUUGACCCAAGAAGGAGCUCUCUCACAAAGGACAAUGGUCCGCAGAGAGGUAAGAGCAGUGUUCCCAGGGUGCUGCUUUCACACAGGCAGAAAUGCAUUUCCUAUGCGUACACUACACGAGUGCAUGCACCCACGCGGAGCCUCCCCGGCUCGAGCAGCCGCAGGCUGUGGGGGUGUUUCCAAGGGUUUCUGACUCAAACUCGACAACACAUUGUUGAAGCAAAGCUCUGCGUCUUGUUGUUGUUGCUGACUUUCAAGAGAGACGGGCAGAGACGUGCAGAGCGCUGUCCUACCUGCUGAGAGCACGAAGGGAACAAAGGCUGCCACAAAACCUUACAGCCAAGAGAAGUGGCUUUGUAAUUUUCGAAAGGGAACUGCCGGGGAAAUAAGACGUUGUAGAAAUAAGUGCUCCUCUGCGGUGGUGCAAGCCUAAUGCUUCAGCCAGCCAGCCCCGCGGGACAAGGCUGGUCUGUAAUUUGAAAUAGAAUGGAGCUGCUCUCGCUGUGUGCUCUAAAAGGCAGAAAUUAAACUAGGACCAGAAGCUGAGAGGCAUGAGCAGGCUGUGGAGGCUUCCCAGCACGGGGAAAACAGGCGCUCUGCUCCCCUGAGUGUGCAGGAAGAGACUGGGCCCCCCAGCCUGGUGGGUACAGCAGCGUCAGGGCUUUUUCCACAGCAUGGGCCAUAGAGGAGUCAUUGCUAAUCACUGCGUAAAGGAACCACUCUCAGUGCCUUCUGGAAUGCUGCUUUUUGGGGCUGUGCCUGUGUUUUUGGAAGCUGCUCUCCAGCACCACUACGAUGCAGGUCUGUCAUCCCUUGGGUGGCCAUCAGCUCAACUGAUGUUAGUGGCACUGCAAGCCACCUCCAGCCCAAGCCGGCAGAGGAACUGGCAGGCUGCCCCCUUAUCCCACAAGAGAUGAUAGUGAGGGGGAAUCUGAAGUGAUUCCUGAUUUGAUUUCCCUGUUAACCAGCUGCCGAUGUGACCCUGCAUCCUGUCCCUCAGACCUUAUAGGGGACCUUCCGGUACCUGAAGAGGGUGUAUGGGAAAGCUGGGGAGGGGCUUUUUACAAAGGCAUGUAGUGACAGGGUGAGGAGGAAUGGCUUUAAAUCGGAGAAGGGAAGAUUUAGAUUAGACAUUAGGAAGGAAUUCUUCACGAUGAGAGUGGGGAGGCCCUGGCCCACGUUGCCCAGAGCAGUGGUGGCUGCCCCAUCCCUGGAGGUGUUCAAGGCCAGGUUGGAUAGGCGGUCUGAGCAACCUGAUCCAGUGGGAGAUGUCCCUGCCCAUGGCAGAGGGGUUGGAAUUAGGUGAUCUUUAAGGUCCCUUCCAACUCAAACCACUCUAUGAUUCUAUGAGUGGUCUCGUAAGAGCCAAGCUGUGGCCAGGGCCAUGCACAGCUUCGUCCAUGUGGGAAGCUGAUCAGGACAGACUGUCUGCUUUCUAUGUGGUCUCUCCCAGUGUUCUGCAUAUACUCCCGCUCUUGUGUGAUGCCAUGCUAGACAGCAAGUUCAUUUUGGGGCUGGGAGGCAGUCAGUGCUGCAGGUUUGCCUCUGGGAACCUGCCAGAUACUUGAGGCUUGGUACGGUAUUUACUGAAAGUAACCACAUCCAAAUAAAACGCAGGCUUCGCCACCAGCCCUUUUCCUGCAUGCUGAAAUGUUCCUUGUGCUGCCCCUGUUGAUCUGUAGCCAUCCCCUGGGCUUGGGCCCUUGUAGUCUCUCUUCUCGAACUCCGUUACAGUUGCUUUAGGCCUGAUGCAGUUUGUACUUCUGAAUAUUAAGGAACUUGAACCACUGGAUUGUGGCUCAGUCGAACAGGAAAGGGCAAUGUUACACCGGCGCAGCAGACAGCUCAGUGCCUGGCGUUAGAGAUCGGUCUCAUUCACAUCAGCAACCUGCGAUCCCACGCAAACACACCUCCAAGGAGAACCGAGGUGAAACACCGGGGAUGUGGCCCCAGUGAGAAGACAAGCCCAAGAAAUGCAAAUGAGGCAGAUGCUCGCUGAUCAGCUCUUGCCUUGGGGCUUUGGCUGGUGGGAUGGACGUGGGCAGUGGGCUGGAGCAAGGAGACAGGCUGACAGCGUCCCCAGCCCCUCCGAGCAUCUGUGCAAGAGACCCUGAUGGCUCAGGAAGAAGAUGAAACGCUGCUGAGCAGGACCUCAGGAGCCAGGCACUGCCCAGGGACAGGUCACAUGUAGGAACCUCUGUGCCCUGACCCCACCAGCAAACGGGAAGGCACCCUGCAGCACCCCAACUGCCACAUCCACCUUGCUUGAGAAGCCAGGACUGACGCUCUGCAGAAAGGUUUGCUAUGCCAUCGGGGGCAUUCCCUACCAGAUGACCAGCAACGCCCUUGGGUUUUUCCUCCAAAUAUUCCUGCUGGAUGUUGUGCAGCUGGAGCCAUUCCAUGCCUCCUUGAUAAUCUUCCUUGGAAGAGCCUGGGAUGCAGUUACUGACCCUGCUAUUGGCUUCCUGGUCAGCAAAAGCUCGAGGACAAAAUAUGGCAAACUGGUUCCAUGGAUCGCCUGCUCCAUGCCAUUUGGGGUGCUCUGCUACUGCAUGAUGUGGUCCACCCUCUCGGAUGCCACCCCCUCCUCCCUGAAAUUCUUGUGGUACCUGUCCAUGUACAGCUUCUUCCAGACUUGCAUGACCUGCUACCACGUGCCGUACUCAUCCCUGACAAUGUUCCUAGGAGGAACCCAGAGAGACCGUGACUCAGCCACUGCCUACAGAAUGGGGAUGGAAGUGUUCAGCACACUCAUUGGGUCAGGAAUUCAAGGACAGCUCGUGGGCAGUUACCAUACCCACAUGGUGAACGGUUGUUAUGUGUCAAACGAGACUCUGCCCAACACCAGCACCUACAGCCUCACGGACUCUCUGGAGAACACACGUAGGGCCUAUGUAUUUGCAUCCCUGGUCCUGGGCUCAAUCUACUGCCUGUCCUGCCUAGUUCUCAUCUUUGGAAUCAGGGAGCAGCCUGGGCCUCUCAAUCCCCUGGGGAAGGUCGAGCUGCCCUUCACCAGCUGCCUGAGGAUGAUCAUGGGACACCAGCCCUACACCCAUUUGCUGUGUGGCUUCCUCUUUGCAUCUCUGGCCUUCCAGAUCACACAGGGGAUCUUUGCCUUCUUCUGUACUCAUGCCGCAGGGCUGGCUGGGAAGUUCCAGCACUUGGUGCUUAUCAUGUUGGUCACUGCUUCCCUCUCUGUUCCCUUUUGGCAGUGGUUUUUGGGGAGAUUCGGAAAGAAAACAGCAGCGUCACUGGGCCUGGCGCUGAUCAUCCCAGCGCUGGUAGCGGUCUCCCAGGUGAUGCACAACUUCCCAGCCUUCAUCUUCCUGGUGAUCAUGGCAGGCUGCAGCAUGGCUGUGCUCUACCUUUUACCAUGGUCCAUGCUGCCAGAUGUGGUGGACAACUUCAUGCUGAGGAACCCCAGCUGCCCCAACCUGGAGGCUCUCUUCUACUCAUUUUACGUCUUCUUCAACAAGUUUGCAGGUGGCCUUGCUGUGGGGAUAUCGACACUGGGUUUACAUUUUGCAGGUUACCAAGCUGGAGAGUGCACACACAACCCCUCCGUCAUCCUCACCCUGCGGCUUCUCAUGGCCCCAGUCCCAAUAAGCCUGCUGCUCAUUGCCAUCAUCAUCUUUUGCCUCCAUCCCAUUGAUGAAGAAAAGAGGAAGCAGAUGAGAAUGGAGAUGGAGGCAAUGGGGCAUCAGGUACAGCGCGGCAGCCAGGAGCUAACCCAGGGCUGAAGGGAACAUUCCUUGGCAUCACCUGACUGAGCCCAUGGUUAGGUGUUGGGAUGCACUGCCCUCUGCCACCGCACUGCUUUCAGCCUCCCUGCCUGCAGAUUUAUGAACGAGCAAGUGCCUUGGAGGAAACGCUCUGGUCGCUGAGAGAUUAUAGUCCUGCAUAAGGCAUGAAUUAUCUUCAGUGGCUCCAGGGAAAGAAGAGCAAGCUUGAUCUGGAGCUCCC